CAUAAUUAGAUUAAACAAAUCUACGGAUAUAAAAUCUCUCGUAAUCAGAAAUACAAAAAAAAAUUCAAUAUUUCACCUACUAUGGGACAGUUAUCUCUAAGUCGAGAUACUACCUCCACCCCUACUCCUGAGGAUGCGACGCCGUGGGAGGCUAAUUGGAGUGAUUCAGUUUCUAUGGACGACGACGAUGAUGAUGAUGAUGUGGUUGUUGAUGAAUGAGGUUGGGCAUGUCUCACCUGAAUCUGAUAUAGGCAUCGACAAGAAGACACGAGUUGGGACAUCUUCUACUGCUUCUUCGCACUUUCCACAGCGUGGGCUAGAUGGACGCUACGUUGCGAGACGUAGUAGUGAGGAAGACGGUGAUGGUAAGAAGAGGAAGAAGGGAGUAAGGGGGGACAUGUCGUGGCGUCUGACAUCGGAGUCUCAGCUGUGUUCAGGUGGACCUGUGAUUCCCGAUGUGAUCCCUAACUUUGGAGGUCACAUAGCCUUUGCAUUGUGGACUUCCCCUGCGCAGGAUCGUGGGUUGUUGGAUUGUUGUCAUAGAUCUGGUAGUGCGGAGUCUUUGAGGAUCUGGUAGCCGGAUCAGAAUUAGGAGCAUUCGAUUUUUUCUUCCUACCAUGAGUGCACUUCAAGUAUCGUCGCCUACUAUCUUCACUUGGAUUUUUUUAUUUGAUGCCUUCACCAAAUAAAACCCAAAACCCUUGCCAAUCUCAGUAGCUGCUGCAUAUGCAAUCAAAUCCGUAUCGUAUUUUACUCCAUUGACGAAUUCUGAGGUGUAAUCUUUGUCAUCCCCUCCGUAAUCAUCAAUAUCCUACAAUGCUAGAUCUCAUAAUAUAAGCAAUACUCCACA